GCCACAUCAACCAUUCUCGUUUUCGUUGAAGUUCUUCAAUAAAACAUCCAAGAGUUAAACAACCGGAAUAUCCUUUUGUUUAAGCAAUAAAACGUGCGUAGAUGGCAUAAACUAGGUCGUGUGAAUGAUGAUUUUUCCACUUCUCUUUUUAUCUCUUCACUGUACAAAUAGAGGCGCAACAUCUAUACGUUGAAAAAAUUCUGGAAAUUCUCAGUCAUAGUUUUCUAUUCUUAUUUAUUUUUUAUGGACCGUUGGGAAGUCUAUCUUCCUUCUAUGAAGACCAUCAACCACUAACCACAAAGUUUAUCAACCUUACUUUGAAAAUUGUGGAUGGUCCAAAAAUAUCUUCAGACACCAAACGAUGUGAACACAAAAACCUACCACACCAAUUAGUCAAAUAGAGGGUAAGAGAUAGGAAGCUUCCACAAAUUAUAUUUAAUUUACUCAAUAAAAGAAGAGGGUGAGUGGAAAUGAAAGAAGAAUUAGGCUAAUUAAAUUAAGCCAACAUAUAAGUACAAAAUACUUGUCUACAAAAUUAUUAUCAUAUCUCAUCCAUAUUUACCCAUUUAAUUGUAUCUAACGGCAAAAAAAAGAAGUUCACUGAUAAGGAAGGGUAUAAAGAUGAGUGUAUAUAACGGCAAAAAAAAAAAAAAUCGACCGAUCGAAGUUAGAUACAAACGGGAGAGGAGCUGAAGCAAUACAUAUAGCAACGUGAUUUUGGUUGUUUAGCGGUCAAUGAUGGCAAAUAAUAGGACAACAUCGAUCGACCAAAGUUGGAGAUCAACCAAAGGUGAUGUAAGCGGAAUCCGAGAAUCCGAACUCGCUCACGAAUCAGAAUACAUAGUUUCCCUUCUUCUUCUUCUCUAACUUUUCUAACUUUUCUCUCUGCCUUCUCUCUUACUUCCUUCUUCUCUAGGCAGUCAUGGGGGCUGCUGCCGGCGUCCAUCCGACCUUAGCCCUCCGCCCCCCUUUUUCAGUUAUUGUUGUCCAUCCUUCCUUUCGUAGUAUAGUCUUCCACUCUUCCUUCUCUUCUCUUUCGCAUGUUCCAGCCUUUUGGUUUAGCUUCUUUUCGUCUGUGCAUGUUCCUCCCCUUGUGGGUUUCCUUCCUCCCCCUUCGUGGGGUGAUCUUUUGCCCUCUGAUUUGAUUUUUCGGAUCUGGAGAUGUGUGUGCUCUAAGAUGCAAAGGAGGCUAGAUCUUUUAGAUCUGGCUCGUUUUCUCCUCAUCCUUCCUCUGUCUACCUCCUUGCUUCACUUUGCAGGUGCUUGUGAUUCGAAGACGCGGCCAUUGGCUUGGACACGACUGGAGAGCUUGAAGACGGAAGUUUUUUUCUCUGUUACCACCGUCUGCCGUCCGAUUACUCUGAUGUAUUCUCUUGUGAAUGGUUGCCGAGAUGCAGACGACGAUUGGCUCGAGGAGGCUUGUGUAGAGGUUCUCCCUUCCUCAUCCCUCCACUCGGGGAGGCUGGUUCCUCAGGAUUUGGCUGGUGGUGGCGGCGGUCCUUUUCCAGCGACGGCGGCGGAGGUUCCAGAGGAGGGCAUUGAACGACUAGGGUUAGAAGACUGAAGCUCUGGUUUUGGCCCAUGGUCUGGGCUCUAUUGAGUCUCUGGACUUUUGUUUGGGACUGUGUUUUUUGUCUUUUAGCCUGUUGUUGUUUAAUUGUCUGUAAACUUUUCCACUGGGCUUGGCACAUUUGCUCUUAAUGAACUUAACAUUAUAAAAAAAAAACUCUCACUUUUUAGGGGUUUUCUGGGAUUUCCUUAAGAACACAAAAAUAAAAGGAUAGGAUGGAAAAGGAUUGUUGUGCAACUUCAACACACGGGAAGAGCCUCGAACAAUAUCAGGGUAGAUGCCCCGACCACGAUCAAGGGGAAUACUUGAUCGAUACAGACCUCAACGAGUUUGGAAUCCACCAAACUCACAUUCAAGAGUACACUCAAGAACAAAAUGGUUUUUCUAUUCCUCAACGUCUGCCUUCCCAUAGGCAAUUCCUCCUCUAUUUAUAGAGUUUACAAAACAAUGUAUCUACCUUUAUUUAAAUCUUUAAAAUCAUUUCCUAUCAAAUAAGGAAUGCAAAUACCAAAAGAGAAAGAAAAUAAACUAAUAAUCCACCAAAAGGGAAUGGAAAUCAAGCAAGGAUCCGCUCAAAAGGGAAAGGAAAUAAAGCAAGAAUCCGUCAAAAGCAAUGACUUAUUCUUCAAGUAAUUCCUUUCUUCCUUCUGCUGCGUGGAAUCACAAUUGCCAAGGAAAGAAUCAUGCACACGUGAAUUGAGCAGCUUGCUUUGCUUGAGCUGCUUCAUCCAUCUUAAAUGCUCCUAGUUGAUCCGUGUAUCUCUGCACUCGAACCUUCCGUUUAGGGCCACGAAAAUUGAAUAUUGUACUAAUCAAUAUCACAUCAAAAGGUAUCACGAUAUAGUGUGAUGAUAUGACAUGAUGAUAGGACAAUGUUUGCUGUGUAUAACGAAUAUUUACUAACUAAUUACUACUCAAUUGUGAAAAACAACUGUGGUAUUUAUAGUAGUCAUUUUAGUUCAAUUCAUUUUCAUCAGGUGCAUGCAUGUUUCGUCUAAACCGUACAUUAAUUAAGCAUAUCAUGCUACCGCAAAGAAAGUUACAUAAAACCCUACUUAGCUAUCAAUUAUUGACGGGAAACAAGGUAUCAAAGUGGCUUCAGACUGUGUAAGUUGGAUUAGGAAAACAAGGUUUCAACUAAUAAAGAAUCAACAUCUAGAGAUGGUUAAAGGGUGGAUCAUUUGUUGAGAUGGUUAAAGGGUGGCCAUCGUCAACUCAGACUCUGUGGCGUCAAUAGUUUAAACGAUGUAUUCUAGUCUAUUAUCGGUAAUUGUGGAAAGAACGUAAUAAGCGCAUUUUUAUGGAUCAGUAUAGUUCAUGGCAGAUUGUUACCCGAAGAUCAUAUUCCAGGUUUUUCACUGGGUAUCUGGUGCUGGAGUGAUUAAUAGGCAACAGGUUGAAGAUUGAUUGACUUCUCUCCAUAGAAUAUUUUAUUUAAUGCAUCACGUUUGAAUUUUUAACAUCACCAUUCUCAAUGACGAUACAAUUUUCCUAAUUUAAGUAUGAGUUAUUGUUUAGAUCACCCGUACAUACAACGGUAACAACUCAUUUAACUCAACAACUUGUUCUCGAGAGAUUACCUUGUAAAUAAUUCCAUACUUGAGAGUAAAUUGAAUAUGUAUGU